CAAAAAUGACCCGCAGUCUGCUUUUAAAUAAAAACACAAACAUUUCUAUAUACCGUGAAAAAAUGGAAGAUGAAAAUUCGUGGGUUUUUGACUCUUUGGUUGCUUUUUUAAACGGACCGAUAUGGAACGCGCCUUUGCAAAGUUUUAUCGAAGAAAAAUCGUUAAUUUUUGAGCCAAAUGUUCUGGAGAAUGAAGAUUAUAGGGGGAUUUUCGAGGAGUUUAAGAAUAUGGUGGAUUUUAUGCUGGGGAACUUCAUGGAGGAUAUUGGAAUCACACCGAAACAAUUUGAGGAUGCCUGCAGCGAGGGAAAAAAGCUGCGCGUCUCUUUUGACACAAAUCUUUUUGAGCAAAUCUGGGCGGCAAACGAUUAUGAAAUGUUUAAACGGAUGAUGACCCAAAGGAACGUCGAGUUACAGUUGCAAGCCCUGGAACUGAUAGAGCAAAAAUACGGGAUAACUCCUCAAUCGUUUAUUCCCAAUAAAAUUCAAAGCACCACGCAGGAAAUUCCCGUAAUCAUUGAAAAUUCCAAACUGGAAAAAGCGAUUUUAGAUGAAGUGGCAAAAAAGUUUCCAGAUGAAAGCACCAGUGAUAUUAUUGAGAUUUGGGAAGAACAGGAGAUACUGGAGGAAAAGGAAAUUUUGGAGAAAGCUCUAAAGGAGGCCAAAGAAAAAGUGGAUGACCAACUCACAGAAUCAAUGAAAACCGUAGAAAAUCCAUCACAAUGUCAUAGUAAAACCCCGGAAAAAGUAAUUAAAGAAGUAAAACCAACUAAAGCAGCUGAAAAAAUGGCGGAGCCUAAAAACAAUACCUUGGAGGUAAACGACAGGGAUCUUAAGAAGAGACAGGAAUAUUUGAGGGCGCAAAGGGACAAAUUGGUGGCGUUGAAGAAAGAGGAGCGCAAAAAGCAGGUAACAGAUGGGACGGACAAAUUUAAGAUCCGUCCCAAGUCCGCAAAAGCAGCUGCAGCUUUGCUGACUGGGGAACAGUCGACUAUCGAGCCGCAGUCGCUGGCUGAAAGGUUGAAGUCGGAAGUGGUCUCCCAGAAGCAGGAUGUGAGUUAAUUGAAUAAACGCUUUUUUUUUACUUAUAUUUAUUAUCUAAAUAUAACGAGUACAAUUUUUAUUUUACAUUUUUUUAAAAACAUUAAUUUAUUACAUGAAAACACAAUGUUAGAAAAUGGCCUUUAUAAUCUGUUUCUUAAAACUUGUGGCUUGUAUAAAAAAUAUUAUAAGGCUGCCAUUUGUAAUAAAUAAUAGUGUUUUUUAUUUGAAAAUUGCACAAAUAUGAUAAUAAAAGUACCUAUAAUUCAUUUAAAAAGGUAACUAAAACUAUUUGUUCAAUUUCCAAAUACUUAAUAUUCAAUAAGAUAUAUUCGCUCACAUUGUACGUUAUCUGGAUGUUGAUCUUACACUAUUUUGCUAUUAUUUUAUUUACACUAGGAGUCUUAUUUAUAUUGCUGUAAAAAAAUCUUGUAGAGCGAACAUACAGUUACUAAUAAAAUAUUAUAUACACCAAUUUGUUUUUCAUUUCUUAAUACAAAUAUCAAAUAUUUAGCACAGUUUUCCAAACAAAAAUGUUCUAUCUACUUAUACCUUCCUACAAUUAGCAAAAAUCAGAUAAUAAAUAAAUGGUUAUUAAAUUAAAUCUUAAUUCCAAAAAAUUAAAAAUUAUUCACACGUAUUCUAAAGCAAUACUGUAUCCUUCCAGAAAUUAUACAUUCACCUUAUUUUCUAUACAUUAGGCAGUACUGUACUAUAUUUAGUCUCACUAAGAAAAUUUUGGAAUUCAACAUAAAUUUCACAAAUAACUUAUGUAGCAAGGUUAAUAAGGGAUUUUGGUAAGACUUGGUUUCCGUGUCGCGGUUUUUCCGAAAAAAUAGUUCAAAUGUACUGUUUUUAAAAAACUUGUAGAUAAAAACUGGGAGGGCGUUUUGAACAAUUUUUUGUAACCAAAUAUUGUCGAUUUUUAAAAUUUCUUAAAUUUGUGUUGUAGAUGUAAUUACUUCAAUAACAAAGUUAAAAUAACCAAAAUACAUGGUGUAACAGUUGAAAGUUCGUUUUCAAUUUUAUUAAAAAACUGCAGAAAAACAAACGUUUGGCACAAAAUUUGAUUUAAGGGGAUUUUCAAGCCAGGAAAAUUAAAUUUCCUAAAAAAAUAUUGUUGGUUUUAGAGGGCGCUGUCUGCGACACUGCAUACGUUUAAAUGGUCACAUCUUUUUUGCGCCUUAGUUUAUUUAAGUUUUUAAUAAAAAAUAUUUCCAUUACGUGAAAAAGGUAUAUCUUAUAAAUGUCGUUUUCGUGAUAUUUGCAUUUAUUAAAUUGUUCAGUGCACCCAUUUAAUUGCGUUUUUUAAAAAUGUUAUGUUUUUUUAUAUUUUUUUAUAAUAUUUAUUUUACUAAACAAUUUAAACACAUCUCGAAAACGGUUACUUAAGCAAAAUUUACCUUUUUGCGUAAUAAAGAUGAUAAAAGUACAAUUUGUAUAAAAAAAUACGUGACCAUUCAGACGUAUGCAAAUUGUCGCAUUACAUUAAUUUUUUUAAAGAAAUUUAUUUUUCUCGUCCUGAAAAACACCUAAAAUCAAACUUUGCGCAAAAACAUUUUUUAUUCCAAAGUUAUUUAAUAAAAUCGAACUUUAAACUUUGACCCCCUUUAUCUAUAGAGGUAAAUUUAGUUAUUUCGCAUUUUCAACAAAAAUUCUAAUUUCAAGGGAAGUUUAAAUCGACGAUAUUUUUUUUAAAUAAUAGUUCAUCUUUUUUCGAAAAAGCCGCGGGAUUUUAAAUAAAUAUGGACGAUUCACCCCGUUAUGCUUAAAAUAGUAUUAAGUUUUAAAAACUGUGAUAAAUACAUUUUAAAACAUACAUGUAUGAAAAAGAAAUAAUGCACAGUAUUAAACGAAAUAGGAAGAUAAUUUAUUCAUCACAAUAAUUACAAAAUUAAAGUUAAGAAUAAAAUAUUUAUUUAGUCUACAAUGGACACUUCAUACUGCCAUGUUUACUUGAUUGAUAAAUUUACUAAUUAUCUAGAUUAUGCCGAUGCGGUAUAAAAUUGAAAUUAACUGAAUUAGGAAAACUUAAUUUACGCGUUUUAGAUAAUUAAUUCAAAAAAUACAAGAAAAACGUUACUGAAAAUUUGGUUUAAGCGAAAAGUUAACAGUAUGAAGUUAUAUACAAAUCUAAGCACUCCAAUGACACUACACACAGUUUUAGAUGAUAUAUUCGAUACUAUAUGCUAUCUACUGCUAGAUAUUAUAACUUAGCCUAAAAGAAUUAUUUCACAUUGUUUUAGUAAUUUUUACGCACGCUCCAAACAAAUUUUAACCGCAACAAAAUCGUUCUUUUUUACCGGAAAACGAUUAGAAAAUUUUGGUGUUUUGAGAUUCGCACUUGCGUAUUUGUAAAUAUUUAAUACAAUAAUUGCUACAGCUUUCCGAUAUAAAACCAAACUUCGGGAGUAAAAUGCAUCGAUUUGGAGCGUCGGUGAAAACAAAAACAUUUCCUUGCAUUUUCUCAUCGUAAACGAGAAAAUUUUCCAUAAAUAUAUUGGGAAACUAUGUACAAAGCAUUCACUAUUAACCUGAUAAAAUAGUUCUUCAUGGAUUAUCCAUCUUUAUACUUUUUUUUAUAUAAAUAACUCGCAGAAUUUCAUUGUGUACAAAAAUCCUAUUUCAUUUAGUUUAGGUACAUGGAAAUUAAUCUCAUGACAGCAAAUCGCACUUAUUAAAAUAACUUUUUUAUACAAUGGGAAGCUUUUGUGCUUGUGUAGGCCAGUUUUGUUAAUGGGUCACUCAACCAAAUAAUUUUUUUUUCGGUGCGACCCGCACUUAACAUUAAGUACUUUCGUAGUAAUAAAUUCUCGAAUUAUGACGAUAUUUUUUGAUAUUUUUUAUUCAAUGCAAAUAAUGUUUUAUAAAAAUACAAACAGUAGUUUUUUUGUACCGAAAAUUCUUAGCUUUGCAAUGAAAAUAUUCCUUCUUUAUUAUAAGUAACAAAGGCCCCUUAAAAAGUUAAUUUAAGUAAAAAAUACGAUUUUUCUGGCAAUAAAAUUGCCAAAAAUAUUCUUCUUUUAUUAGGCUAUACAUUAAAUAAAAGAAACGUAAAAAAUAUUUUAUACAUUUUAAUAAUUAUUAAAAUUUUAUCUACUUUUAUAAAAUAUUUCUUGAGUUUUUUUAAUUUAAUGUAUAGCCUAAUAAAGGAAGAAUAUUUUUGACAAUUUUGAUGCAAAAAUAAUAUUUAAUUGCCAACAUUUUUUAUAAUUAAAUAAUAAAGCAAUUGUAAGUCAUUUUUUUCAAACUAUUGUCAAAUUACCGCCAAUUUUUGUCCUGUAUUUUUUUAAAAUAAUAUAAUAAAGUAUUUUUGUACAAACUUCUUAGUUUAUGUCACAAAAACAUAUAUUAUAUUAUUUUCAAAAAUAACAAAUAUUGGCGUUAAUUUUACAGAUAAAUAUUGUCAAUUAUUUGAAAAAAAUGACACAAUUGCUUUAUUUAAACAAAAAAAUGUGAAAUAUUCCUUCUUUAUUAUAAGUAACAAAGGAACCUCAAAAAUUCAAUGAAAGUGAAAAAUGCGAUUUUUCUGGCCUUUAUAUUUCAAAUUUGAUUUUUCUCUGAAGACUGAGAAUGUUUUGCACAAAAUAUGUAAUAGGGUUAUUUUUUGUUUAAUGGGCCAUUUUAAGCGCACAAUACGCACCAAUUACAAAACUCUUUUUGUCAAAAAAAUUGUAGGUACCUAUAUAUUUUAUUAUUAAUUAUUUUGGCAUUGAAAUUGUCAAAAAUAUUCUUCUUUUAUUGGGGUAUACAUUAAAUAAAAGAAACGUAAGAAAUAUUUUAUAAAUUUUAAUAAUUAUUAAAAUUAUCUUUACUCUUAUAAAAUAUUUUUUGCGUUUUUUUAAAUUUAAUGUAUAGCCUAAUAAAAAAAAUAUUUUUUAUAAUUUUGAUGCGAAAAUAAUGUAUAAUAAAUUACCAACCAUUUUUUUUUUAUAUAAACUGUUGUGUGAUUUGUCCCCAUCCAAAUGCUUGAAAUUACAAUUAAAUAUUAAAGCAAUUUUAAGUCAUUUUUUUUUUCAAAAUAUUGCAAAAUUAAUGCCAAUUUUGACUUCUUUUUUUUUUAAAUAAUAUAAUAACGUUUUUUUGUACAAACUUCUUAGUUUAUGUCACAAAAACACAUAAAUUAUAUUAUUUUCUAAAAAAUAAGACAAAAUUGACAAUAGUUUGAAAAAAAUUACUUUUAAUGGCUUUAUUAUUUAAUUGUAAUUUCAAGCAUAUGGAAAGGACAAAUCAUACAACAGUUUUUAUAAAAAAAAUUGUUGGUAAUUUAAUAUAUAUUAAUUUUGCAUCAAAAUCGUCAAAAAUUUUCUUCUUUUAUUAGGCUAUAUAUUAAAUUAAAAAAAACGUAAAAAAUAAUUUAUAAAUUUUAAUAAUUAUUAAAAUUUUUUCUAUUUUUAUAAAAUAUUUCUUGCGUUUUUUUUUAUUUAAUGUAUAGCCUAAUAAAUUUUUGAAAAUUUUGAUGCAAAAAUAAUAUAUAAUAAAUUACCUACAAUUUUUUUCUAAAAACUGUUGUGUGAUUUGUCCUAUCCACAUGCUUGAAUUAAAUAAUAAAGCAAUUGUGAGUCAUUUUUUUUUCUUCAAAUUAUUGUCAAAUUAAUGCCAAUUUUGACUUUUUUUUAAUAAUAUAAUAACAUAUUUUUGUACAAACCUCUUAGUUUAAACAUAAUUAUGUUAAAAAAACACAUAAAUUAUAUUAUUUAAAAAAAUAAGACAAUAUUGGCGUUAAUUUGACAAUAGUUUGAAAAAAAUUACUUACAAUGGUUUUAUUGUAAUUUCAAGCAUUUGGUUAGGACAAAAUUUGAUUUAAUCACACAAGAGUUUUUAUAAAGUUGUUAUUAAUUUAUUACAUAUAAUUUUUGCAUCAAAUUUGUCAAAAAUAUUAUUCUUCUAUUAGGCUAUACAAUAAAUUAAAAAAACGUAAAAAUAUUUUAUAAAUUUUAAUAAUUAAUAAAAUUUUCUCUACUUUUAUGAAAUAUUUAUUGCGUUUUUUUAUUUAAUGUAUAGCCUAAUAAAAGAAGAAUAUUUUUGACAAUUUGGAUGCAAAAAUAUUGUAUAAGAAAUUUUUUUUUUUAUAAUUGUUGUAUGUAUGGUACAAUUAAAUAAUAAAGCAAAUGUAAGUCAGUUUUUUCAAACUAUUGUCAAAUUAACGACAAUUUUGUUUUUUUUUAAUAAUAUUAUAAAAACUUCUUAGUUUAUGUUGCAAAAUAUACAUAUUAUACAGGGUAAGUUUUAAGUUGACGCGUUCCUUUUAACAGAGGGUAGAAAUCAGAUAAACAAAUAAAUAUUUUAAGUAACUUUUUUAUCAAAACUCAAAAAUAAGAGAGUUAUAGGCCUUCCAAGUUUAAUUAAAUUUUGAGCCGGUCCUGGCUAUUGUUAACAAAAAACAUAACCAUUAAAAUAAAAAUAACAAAAAAAUGGUUUAUAAUUAUAGCAAUAAUGAAUUAGUGGAAAUGUUACUAAUUUAUGGAGAGUGUCGUCAAAAUGCAAAUGCUGCAACUUAAGUAAAUAAUGACAUUUUUUAUUGCAAAAUGUCAAUUUGAUUUAAAUGGUUAUGUUUGUUGUCAAAUAUGACAUUUUGCAUUGUUUAUUUUGAUAUUUUUAUGGUUAUGUUUUUUGUUAACAAUAGCCAGGACCGGCCUAAAAUUUAAUUAAACUUUGAUGGGCUAUAACUUUUUUAUUUUUGAGUUUUGAUAAAAAAGUUACUUAAAAUAUUUAUUUGUCUAGCUGAUUUCUACACACUGUUAAAAUUUAAUUAAACUUUGAUUGGCUAUAACUUUUUUAUUUUUGAGUUUUGAUAAAAAAGUUACUUAAAAUAUUUAUUUGUCUAGCUGAUUUCUACACACUGUUAAAAGGAACGCGUCAACUUAAAACUCACCCUGUAUUAUUUUUAAAAAAUGUUACAAAAUUGGCCUUAAUUUGACAUAUCCUCAAUUAUUUGAAGGAAAAAAAUGACACAAUUGCUUUAUUUAAUUGUAUUGAAACUAAAAAUAACCCUACCGUGAAAAUUACGUUUUUUGUGUGAAAAAUUUUCAGCUUUCUGAAAAAAUAACAAAUUUGAAAUAAAAAUUGCCGCAGAGCCAGAAAUAUCGCAUUUUAACCUAAAUUUAAUUUUUAAGGGUAAAGUUAAGAUUUUUUAUUAAACAUUAUUUAGGCUAAAAGAAAAAGUUGAAAAAAAAUAUCGUCAUAAUUCGAAAAAUCGGAUGCAGAAAACAAAAUUCGCGAAGUCACACCCAAAAAAAUUUUUUUGGCGGAAAAACCCCGAUAAAAAAAUCUGGACUAGAAGCGAUCGAACUGAUUUAAGAAGCCUUGCCAAUUCGGUAAUAAAAACAUUUAUUUGAUGGUUUAAAGUAAGUUUCUCCUAAAAUCGACAAACAUUAAGUUUUUCACGAAAAAAAAAAAGAAUGUAUAUAGUCUCACAAUCAUCGACGAAUUUUACGAUAAAAAUCAUCGAUUUUCAGCCGCGGAUGUUUGGUCCUGUAAAUUAUGGAACCGAGAAACUUUCGGCGAAAACUUGUCGGUUCGCUUCGAGUUUCACGAAUAACGGCGGUUUUACUGUUUUACAAAACAAAGCGGGGCGGUUUUGUGAGUGUGGGGGGGUAAUUGACCGUUCUUCCAUAGCGCACUUAGUUCACAACGCGGGGGGUUUAGAGAUGAGAUCACACUUGGCGGCGGUCGCGUCGCACUCGAGUCCGCGACGCGAGUCACUCACCUGCGGAUUGUCGGCGAAAAAAAAAAAAGAGGUGGGCGACUACGAUAGCCGCGGCCGUUUCGUCACCUCGCCGCUGUCCUCUUCGUCCUCGUCCGAGUCGCCGCCUUCGUAGUCCACCAGGCU